CUGCGUUGGUUAGCCUGUUCAGCCUUACGCCAUCUUUCAUCAGCCACUCCAUUAUUCUUCUACACCUCUUCCCCGUUUGAGCUACUCGACUAACCGGCUUUCUAGCCACACUGUUUCUUGUUUAUCCGUCUUACCUUUCUCCCCUUUCCGUGCCAUCGCAGCAUGCCAAAGCAACUUCUCGGUAUAUGACGUCGCCCGAGGCCUGCACAUGUACUGUAAAUAUCCUGCUCGGCCGAUGCCAGUACUCCUGCUUUGCAGCUCCCGCUUCAUCCGACUCUCUGAUAUCAUGCCCUACUGCUGUGGACUAUUCCAGGGCUGUUUGCUUUCUACGUCUCGUGACAGAGGCCUGCCGGCCGAUGCAAUGGACACCGACUCGCCGUAUCCAUGGUUGCUAUACGAGCCAUGAACGAGUACCUGCGACACCCCCACUCUUGGAAACAAAUGGAGGGCCUGUUUCACUCGACGAGUCUGACCACAUCGCACCAUGCGUUCUUCUACACAAUAAUCAGGCUGCGCAUUCAUGUUCUGACUUCGCCCUGCAACUCAGCUCUGGGCAAACUUUUGAAAUAUUGGCGUUGGGUCCGGGCUGCACAGCUUCCCAGCCUCCCAGCCACCCAGCGCGACAACAGGACUUUAGGACAAGUAUACCACAACGCGUCUGCACACCCAUCUCAAGGUGGCACACUGCAUCGCGUACUCUUCACUUUAUGCCCAAGCCGUUUAGGGCUAACAGGACUGUGCUAUUAACACUGUCACAAACAAUCGCACCGCCUGCAGCACCCCCUCUACGCCACAACUUCCACCAAACACCUCGAACCAUGCAAGUCCUGGCAUCAUUAUAGAUCUUGUUUCAGAUCGACGAACGUAGAUCGUCUGUUCCGGAGACCCGGAUUAGUUUGGUACUGGUAUAAUACUGUUGGCAUC